CUCUCUCCCUGUCUCUCUGUGUGCGGGUCCCGCCCCGUUGCCCCGGAGUGACCGCUGCACCUUUCCCCCGGCUCCCCCUCCCUUCCCUCCCCGUCCCGGCUGCACUGUGCGGCGGCGGCGGCGGCGGCGGCGGCGGGAUGAGCCUUGUUUCCGGGGCGAGGACGUUGCUGCGGCGCCGGGCGGCGGCGGGAUGGAGUCGGGCCUGUGGGCAGCGGGGUGCAGGAAAUGUGAAACCAUUAGAAGGAAUAAAAGUACUAGAUCUCACAAGAGUGUUAGCAGGACCAUUUGCUACAAUGAUCUUGGGAGAUCUGGGUGCAGAAAUCAUCAAAGUAGAAAGACCAGGAUCUGGUGAUGAAACAAGAGCCUGGGGUCCACCGUUCGUGGGAACAGAAAGUGUCUACUUCCUGAGUGUCAAUCGAAAUAAAAAGAGCAUAGCAGUGAAUCUGAAGAGCUCUCAUGGGGUCCGAAUAAUAAAAGAUUUGGCAUCUGUUUGUGAUGUAUUGAUCGAAAAUUAUGUUCCUGGGAAACUAGCAGAAAUGGGCCUUGGAUACACAGAUAUAGAAGCGAUUGCUCCACAUAUAGUAUACUGUUCAAUUUCGGGUUAUGGACAAACUGGCCCAAUGUCCCUGCGUGCAGGCUAUGAUUCAGUCGCGUGUGCUGUGUCUGGUCUUAUGCACAUAACUGGCCCACAGGAUGGUGAACCCGUUAGGCCUGGAGUAGCCAUGACUGACCUUGCCACAGGUUUAUACAGUCACGGAGCUAUCAUGGCGGGACUGCUGCAGAGAGAGAAGACGGGGAGAGGUUUAUAUAUUGACUGCAACUUGCUUUCAUCCCAGGUUGCUUGCCUAACCCAUGUGGCGGCAAAUUAUCUCACUGGUGGUAGAGAAGCAAAGCGAUGGGGGACAGCACAUGAGAGCAUUGUUCCGUACCAGGCUUUUAAGACAAAAGAUGGCUAUCUCGUAGUUGGAGCUGGAAAUGAUCAGCAGUUUGCAAUUGUUUGCAAGAUCUUAUCUUUACCUGCAUUAAGUGAUGAUCAGAGAUACAAGACGAACAAGCUCCGGGUACAGAAUAGAAGAGAACUAAUUAAUGUCCUGUCUGCAAGAUUUUCAGAAAAGACAACAGAAGACUGGUUGCAACUGUUUGAAGGUAGUGGUGUACCAUAUGGUCCAAUAAACAGCAUUCAGAAAGCAUUCUCCGAACCUCAGGUUAUACACAAUGAUCUCAUUUUAGAAAUGGACCAUCCAACUGCAGGGAGCAUAGCUGUUCCAGGUCCUGCGGUUAGAUUCAGUGACUUCAAGAUAUCAAACCCAAAGCCACCGCCUUUAAUUGGACAGCACACUGUUGAAGUAUUGAUGACUCUGCUGGGAUACAGUGAGAGCUUCAUCAAUGAACUGAUCGCAGCUGGAACAGUCACCCAGCAUGAAUUGGACUGAAGGCUAAUCUGCAUCAUAAAAGUAGUUUUGAUCUUUCUGAGAUAACCAUUUUCACACUUUAAUCACAAUCUUUUAGAAUUGCUUACAACUAACGAAUCAAGGUAAAUGACACUCCAGAUAGACACUAGCAGAUGCUGGUUUAAACCAAAGGUAGACACAAUAGACAAUGGACAAUAGACAAUAGGUGCAGGAGUAGGCCAUUCGGCCCUUUGAGCCAGCACCGCCAUUCAAUGUGAUUAUGUCUGAUCAUCCCCAAUCAGUACCCCGUUCCUUCCUUCUCCCCAUAUCCCCUGACUCCGCUAUCUUUAAGAGCCCCAUCUAGCUCUCUCUUGAAAGUAUCCAGAGAACCAGCCUCCACCGCCCUCUGGAGAGAAGGAAUGGGUGACCUUUUGGGUUGAGACCCUUCUUCAAACUCGACCCGAAACAUCACCCAUUCCUUCUCUCCAGAGAUCCUGCCUGUCCCCCUGAGUUACUCCAGCAUUUUGUGUCUACCUUUGGUUUAAACCAGCAUCUGCAGUUCUUUCCUACAAAUGAUACUCCAGCUUGUUAUAAGGCAGAGUUUGCUUUAAUAUAUUUAACCACAGAAUGGUUAAUGAAGACAUAUAAUAGAUGGGUGGCAAAGUGGCACAGAGGUAGAGUUGCUGCCUUACAGCGCUUACAGCGCCAUGAUCCUGACUACGGGUGCUGUCAAUACGGAGUUUGUACUUUCUCCCUGUGACUGCGUGGGUUUUCCCCGAGGUCUUCGGUGUCCCCUCACACUCCAAAGACUUACGGGUUUGUAGGUUAAUUUGCUUGGUAGAAAAUGUAAAAAUUGUCCCUAGAGUGUGUAGGAUAGUAUUAGUGUGCGGGGAUCGCUGGUCGGUGCGAACAAGCGCCUGUUUCCGCGCUGUUCCUCUAAACUAAAAAACAAAACUAAAUAGAUGUGGUCAUGGUGUGCUCUUUCACAGACGGUGCCUUAAUGGAAUUUAAAAUAACUGUUCAGAAAUUUCUAGACAGAUGUCUUUUGAAGUAUGCAAAAUUCAUGAAUACGGUGGUGUUUGUAAUGCACAAACUCAUUCACUUUAACUAAAUGGAAAAUUGACUUUCCCAAGCCAGAAACAUUGUGUGACAUGUGGCUGAAACACAAAAUGUCAGUGAUAAUAAAUGCAAGGCCCACUCUGAACCUGCCAAAGCCCUGCUGCUAGAAUGGAGAUACAAGGAUCUGUGGGUGCUGGAAUCGUAGGCAAAAAAAAAAACGAAGUGCCGGAGGAAUUCAGCAGCAUCAGGGUAAGGCAGUAUAUGUGGAGGGAAGGGUCCUAACCCAAACAUUGUCCAUCCAUUUCCACCACAGAUGCUGCCUGACCUACUGCAUUCCUCCAGCACUUUGUUUUUUUGCACAACUGUUAGAAACUGCUCUUAGCAUGCAUUGGUUCAAUGUAAUGCAGCAAUUUUACAAUCAGUUUCAGAAAUGUUUCAAUUAUCACAAUGCAAAUAAAAGCAAUCGAUAAGUAUUUUUAAGAAGCUAAUUUUAUACUUCUGUGCUAUGUUGGAACUGAUAAAACUGUUAUUAUAUCCCACAUUUCUUACUGGAAUCAAUUAUCUACACUACAGCAUGUAAAUUGUUUACAUAUCAUUAGUUUGGACAACCUCACAGAUAUUGUCAGAAUAAACAUUUCUAUCUAU